UCUUGUCUAUGACCAUUGUUUGAGUGAUUUGUCUAAAAUCAUAAAUGUCAUACUAGUAUUUUUUGAGCUCAAUAAUAAUAGGAUGGCCGAGAACAGAGAGGAAAUUUUAGCAAACUUUCAGGGUAUUACAGCUAUAGAAGAUGUGGCUGAGGCGAUAUACCACUUAGAUGAAGCCAACUGGGACUUGCUUGCCGCCAUAAACCGAGUGAUGCCGCAGGACGGCAACAGCUCGGCGCCGCCCACGGAAGACACGCACGACGUCGAGAUGAUAGACGACGACAUAUCUGUGAUAACUCCAAAAACACACCCGCCAGAUCGGGUAGACCGCAACCAAGCUUCGACCUCAUCGCCUAGAAAUAAAUCCUCGGAUAUGAUAGAGUUGCAAGUCCACUGUAAUAAUAAGAUUCAUGAAAUCAAAAUGUCCGGUGUAGCCACAGUCAGUGACCUGAAGAAGCGGCUACAAUCAGUGUGCGGCAUCCCCGUGUGCAGACAGCAGUUGUCCGGCCUGGGCGGGUCGCGCGCAACUGCGUCCGCGCAGCUCGCCAGCCUCGGGCUGCGGCACAACGCCGUGCUCAGGCUCAAGGCCGCUGACCACCUCAUGGUGGAUGACGAGGUUGCAGAACGGCUAACAACAACAUACGUCCUUCACGUGAAACACGACGAUAAAGAGUAUACGCUAAAAUAUCCCGGGACAAAGACGGUGCAGGAAGUCAAGAACGAUAUAUACUCGCUAACUGAUAUACCUGCUAGGCAUCAGCAAUGGACCGGUUGGCCCCCAGUGACGGGGCUGGACGACACAGUGCUGGCCAUGGUGGGACUCGAUUUACCCCAACACGAGUUGACGGUUGAAUCGAUAAUAGUUGAGAGUUCGGACAGCGACAACAGUUCGGUUGAAGAAAUCGAGGACUCCCACGACGUGUUCACCGGGGAUGACGACAUGUUUGUCGAUCUCGUGCGCACGGACAGACUGCAGCCUCUGAUGUCGGAACACGUAGAAGACGAAGCGUUAGGCUGCAUAGAGUUCGCGGCGCGGUUCCGUUCGCGGUACGGGCCAAACACGCCCAACUUUUUCGAAGGGACGCUACAGGACGCCAUCAAGGAGGCUUGUAUGAAGCCUGCCAAAGAGAGAAAACUACUAGGCCUUUACCUUCAUCACGAACAAUCAGUACUUUCUAACGUAUUCUGCGCACAACUUCUCGGUUGCGAAGCGGUGCUUCAGACGCUCGCGACCAACUUCAUAGUGUACGGCUGGGAUCUCACGCAUCCUGACAACAAUAAUAUGUUACUAACGUCAGUAGCCAACGCCCUGGGUCCAGUGGCCAGCAUGACGAUACGCAGCAUCCCCACGGACCGACUGCCCGCUCUGGUGAUCAUAAUGCGUGUGCGGUCCAACACUGAGAUAUAUUCCGUUAUAAACGGUAACGUAGGCGUGUCAGAACUACUUGGCGGUCUGAUGGAGGCCUUAGAGAGGUUCGCGUCACAACGCGACGAGGACGCCCGCGUGGAGAGAGAGCGAGACGCGAGACAGCGCGUCAAACUGGAGCAGGACGAGGCCUACCAGCGGAGUCUUGAGGCUGACAGAGCAAAAGAAGAAUUUAAAAAACAACAAGAAUUAGAAAGAAAUCAAGAAUUGGAAAGAGCGGAAUCUGAAAGGCAACUUGAAGAAGCUAGGAAAGAGGCCCUAAAAGCGAGUGCCGCAGCUCGUGUGCCAUUAGAACCUGAAGGCGGGGGGGACGUGGCGAGGAUCCGGGUUCGACUCCCGCCGCCACACGAGAACUGUCUGGAGAGACGCUUCCAUCCUCACGAUACGCUCGCUGCGUUAUUAGACUUCCUCGCAUCAAAAGGUUAUCCACAAGAAAACUACAAGGUUAUAUCUAGCUGGCCAAGGAGAGACUUAACGACAGAAUCUCACAGCAGUACACUGAAAGCGCUCAAACUAUACCCACAAGAGACGGUGAUGCUCGAAGAACGGUGAAAAGGAACGCCACGACGCCCGCGCCGCCGAAAUACGCUCCCCAUUCCCAUAUACAUAAAGUGCAAUUUCCAAUGACGCCCCGAUGUGACGCGAGAUCUAAAUAAACGCUAUUCUUUAUUCAAAUAUAGGCAAUUUUAUUUUUUUAAAUACUAUGUUAUUUCUUAUGUCAAAAUGGCCAUUGGUUCGCUGUUCUGUAUUAAAAAAUAACAAUUAUUUGUCAAACUCGUCGUGUUUUUGAUGAAAACACGUCCGUAUUUGCAUUGUUUUAAAAGUGAUAAUCUGUUUUCAUUGCAAGAAGAUGCUAAACAGAAUGAUGAUUGAUAGCAUUUUUUUUUUUAGUUUAGGUCUAAUUAAUACAAUUUUCUUUAACGUACCUGGUUUUUUCUUUUUAUAAACACAAUUUAGUUUCCAUUAAGGCAAUAUACAGCUUAUAUAUUUAUUUCACGCCACUUCUGAUGUUUCCUUGAAAUAAACAUCUAACAUGUGGGUUACUUGGCAGCAAUGUUAUGCUACUUUGUUCAAAAUAUUUUUUAUAAGACUUCUAUACUUUGGCAUAGUUGCUCAAUAGUGCUUGCGACAUAAUUUUUCAGUGAAAGGACGAAUAUUUAUUGCAAUAGGUAUAUUGCAUUUUGCAACAAUAGUUUUCUGUACUUGCAGUAGGAAAAUGGACUGACAUAUAUUUCUAUUAUCGCACAACCAUCAGCUGAACAGAUUUCGUUAAAAUUUAGGAUUUCGUUAACGCUUAGGAAUUUUAACGUUUUUUGAUUUUAACGUUUGUUUUCAAAAACAACUACCUAGUUAUGUAUGUAUAUUAUGUAAGACACUAAUUGCCGCCAUAUUUCUUAUUGUAUUUUUACAUGCAUUUUUGAUGAUUCUAAAGUUAUUGAUUAUAUAUAAAGGUUGCAUGUUCUUACGUGUGGAUAAUGUAACCGUAACUUUCUUUUCAAUUAUUAAUAAAUUUUACAAAAAAGGUAUUUACUUAAGAAAAUACAAAAAUACCAACUGUCUCUUCGCUGACGAAUCCUCAUAUAUUAAUUUGUUAUUACUACCUUUUCAGAAUCAUUAUUUGCAAAAGAAGAAACAUAAUCUUAAGAGUUUAUUCUGUUAUUUGAAUAUAGCCCUCAAAAUUUUUAAAAGUCUUUAUUUGCAUAAUUUUUUUAAACACCAAAGCAGCCACUAAACGCCUUGGUUUAUGAGUGUUAUUUAUUUAUCUGUACUCACAUCACACGUGUCAUUUGUAAAGCGAAGCAGCUCACCACAUUCGGGCUUUAAUUUUUCAUAUUCAUUUUAAUAACAAUUUGUUCGAUCCAUUUGUAUUAGGUAUAAACUUUAUGACGAGACGGUGUUAGUGUUAGGUCGCAUCCUCACCUCUGAAGGGAAGCCCAGGGUGCCCUUAUGACCAUGAUCCUGGUUUGGGUAGAUAAAGUUUUUACACGAAGCAACUCUUGUCUGACCUCGCAAACUUUGCCCUGCAAAACCUUACCCAUAAUGGAUUAUGACAUACAUUUUUUUUCUAUGUUCCAUUACAAAUACCACAGUAUUUUGUCAACGGCACGCGGCGCCUUAUCGAAUAUUCCAGAUGCUGCAUUCUAGAAGAUAUUGAGGGCGAAAGUCAAAGCUUACAAAUUAUUUAGAUACUAUAGUCUAUUAGGUAAACUUUUCAAUGAUUUAUAUUGGGCAAGCUUUGUUUCAUUCAUUACAAAAUCUACCUUCAUGCAAAAAUUUAAGAUCCAUAUUGUAAUGUAUAUUUUUAUAAGAGGAUCAUGUGUAAGAAUCCAAAUAAGCCGAUGUGUUAUAUAAUUGAGGUCAGCGCAUGAUUUCUUAAUUCAUAUUUAUAUAAAUGAUUUAAGCUUAGGUAUAUACCUAUAUAAAUUACUUAAUGACUGAAAGUUUCAAAUAAGUCCGCUUUGUUAAUUUUUCAUUCCCAUUAAAAUCAAAUACAUAGAUACCUACCAACGUCAAAAAAUAUUUGUUUAUUUUUUGUUUAAUUUUGCCUCUGCAAAUAAAUGCAUAUGGGUAACACUUAUUGUUAAUAUAUUUUGUUACCAAGGUAAAUAUGCGUGACUAUAAAUAUUUAAUACCAUUUUUAAGUUAAUUUAAAGUGUGUAAUUUCUUAAGACAAUUGAUAGUCAUUUUAAAGCUGCUGUAUCACACUUGAUAAUAUUGAAUGGAAUUCCUAAUCGCAUUUUUGAUCUUUGUAAUUUUUCACAUCACAGAGAUUGUAAGUGUAUCGCGAGGAAGUUGAUGUAUCCGAAUAAAUAAAAAGAAAGCUAA